AUGAAUCCAUCAUUCUCAUUACCCUCCUUCUUCAUUGUUUUUCUUAUUCUCAACUUUCGUAAUGUAAAUGGUGAUUUAGUUACGGAUGUAUGCAAGAAUGCUUCCAAAAACACGCCUCCAGUCAAAGAGUUCGAAGUUGAAUAUGAUUUCUGUGUCGCAUCUCUGACGGCAAACCCUAAGAGUAAAGACGCUGAUCUUCGUGGACUCGGAGUAAUAUCAAUGCAGACAUGUCUACAAAAUGCAACUUCUGUUCAUUCUUAUAUCGCUCAACUCUUGAAAGACCGAAAAACACAACCGAUUCCAAAGUCAUCCGUAAGGAGUUGUUUAUAUGAAUAUCGGGAUGCUAUUCGUUCUGUUCAAAAAGCUACUGCAAGUUUUAAAACUAAAGAUUUCAGUAGUGCUAAUAUACAAAUGAGUGCUGCCAUGGAAGCUUCAAUUCUGUGUGAAUAUGAGUUUGAGGAAGUUCUUCUUGGUCUCGCUUUGCCUACUCCAUUGACCAAACAAAAUGGCGAUUUCUUUCAGCUGACUGGAAUUUCUCUUGCCAUUACUAAUAUGGUAAAAUAA